AACCGCUUUCAAGAUAAUAAACAUUCCUCAAGUCCCACCAACAAAAGCGCUCAGUCCUUCUGCGAUCGGACUACAAAAAUGUCCUCCUGGUCACCAGAAACAAUCAUUGCACUCGUCACAUUAAUUGCCACUGCUCCUUCAUCGUUACUCGUGUUCUGGGAUUUCUACGAUCGUCAUUAUCGCCGCCGUCACUUCUCUCCGCAGCUCCACCAUGAUCCAGUUCCCGUCCACCCAAGGUCUCUCGACUCUCGUACACAGCAUGUUGCCCCGUCGGACUUGAUCGCGCAUCUACCACCCGACGCGCAAUUUUAUUACUUUCGAGACAUUGAUGUACAAAUGCAUAUACGGCAGUUGGGCGCACAUGUUGAGCGUUCUUAGAAUCGACUUUGGAAAUCGCAACCUUGAAUGUGUUGAGGGAUAUGAAAGAUGAUGGAUUCCCCUAUCUAAUCGGAGAACGACCUCAGCGGCACUUUCUGCAGCUGACGAAGUCACGGCGGUCAGUGGCUGAGCAGCCAAUCAGGUGCCACCAGGUACUCUGACACAAAUCCUCGCAACUGACUCUUGAAACAUACUGAUAAACCUCUGUCUCCUUCUCUCCUAUUUCUUAUUGUUUAUUAUUUUCGGGUCAAGUUACAGGUCAUCAAUAGAAAGGUAUAUAAUACUGCAUUAGCUUGGAUGUUUUUGGGUUGUCGGUCGGGUGUGGCGUCUUGAGGACGGGAAGGUUAUUACGAGUGUCUAUGAACGCAUGGUGUAUAGGAUAAUGUGGGAUUAGGGAUGUAUCAGCUUAUACCAUUCGAUUAUUUGCA